AUGUUUGAAAAAAUUCUUUAGAGAGUUUUAUUGACGUAUUUCGGUAAGUUUAUCACAGGGUUCGACUAGACCAAUUUGCAAUUAGGAAUUUGGAGUGGGAACAUUGUGAUAGAAAAUGUAGCAUUGAAGCAAGAAAUCUUGACAGAUUUGGAGUUACCAUUAGAAUUGAAAUUCAGCUCUAUAGGAAGGUUAAUAUUGAAAAUACCAUGGAAUAAACUAUCCUCUGCCCCUGUAGAGGUAGUAUUAGAAAAUAUUUUAAUUGUCUUUAAUCCCUUGCCUUAAUAAAGAUGGAAUAUUGAUGAUUCCAUAUAAAUAAAAAGGAAAUUUAGUAAAUUAUUGGAGAAGGCUAAGUCAAGCAUUUCCCUUAAAAAGAAGGAGCCGGGGGAGAAUUCUAGUUAUUUCGAGAAAUUAACACUCAAAGUGAUUGACAAUCUUUAGGUUUCGUUAAAAAAUAUACAUUUUCGUUUUGAAGAUCCGAACUAUUCAUUCGGGAUAAAAAUGGAUUCUCUGACAGCCUUGACGACUAAUGAAUAGUUUGUGGUUGCUUUUGUUGAUAGAGGUGAUAAGGAUACAAAGUUCGUGCCCAGAAAUAAAUUAAUAGAUCUAUAAUAGUUAUAACUAUAUUGGAAUGGCAACGAGACAAUUUUCAUAUCUUAGUAUGUUCCAUAAGAAUAACUUAAAAUAUUUGAUUAGGUUAUUUAAAUAAGUGCUUAAUGCAAAAUGGUAAUAAAUCACAAGGAAAGAUUUGAGAAAGCUCACUAUUUAUUAGAUAUGUCAUUGGAGGAGAUUAAUUUAAAUUUGAAGCAUUCUCAGUUGAUUCAGAUGAUUUCAUUUUUGGAAUUAAUUUCUAAUUACAAUAGUAGAGUAUGGUCUUAGAAACAGGAAUUAAUGUAAUUGGAUGUAAAUAUUCAUUAACAAACAUUUUGUGAUCUCUUCUUUUAGUUUUUGAAAAAUGAUAUGAAAGAGGUUGAACAAUUGGGCGAGGAGGAUCAAAUCUUACAAUUUAAAAAUAUCAUUAGAGUAGUACCAUUUAAAACCUUAGAGUCUUGGAGUGCAAUAGCAUAAAAAAAAUAUUUAUUAGACUUAAAGGUGUAAGAAUAUCAAAGAUAAAAAUCUAAGAAGGGUUGGUUUAGUUUUUUGGGAGGAUAAACAUAGGAGGAGGUGACUGAUUCUGAAUUAAAAUAGUUGGAAGAUUUUAUAGACAAUGAAGAAACAAGUUUAGUUUGUAGACCUUCUGAAUCAUUGAAAUUUAAAUUCAUUGCUAAAUUGAAAAAGGCUCAUAUUUAAUUAGUUAAAGACAACAAUACACUACAGGAUGAAGGAAUUAUUAAAUAAUUAGAAUAGAUUGAAAUAGAUUGGGCUUAAUUUGAGAACAAAGACUUCUCCUUUUCAAUGAUCAUUAAAAAAGUCAGUCUGCAAUUGGUAAAAAAUAGGCAAAUUGAAGAAAUUUGUUAGCCUACUUAAGAAACUAAUGAGUUUAUCAAAGUGUCCUUAACGAAGACAACUACUAGCAAAGUAUGUAGGCUUGAUUUUCGAUUUCUAAUGUAAAGUUUAACAGUAAAUUACAAUCCUUGUAUAAUUAGGAUUAUUAGGGAAAUUACAGAAGUAAAGAAAGGAGACUAUGUAGAAUAGAGAUUGAAAACUGCAACAUGGAAUCAAAUAGAGAAAAUACAAGACUCAACAGAGUCGUCUUUGUAAAAUAUUUUAUAAUCCAAUAUACAAUUGAAAAUUGAUGCUAAGAUUUUGGAACCCAUUCUGGAACUAUCUAUUAAUAGCAAUGAGUUUUGGUUAGUAAAGAUGGAUAGCUUUCACAUUCGUACUAAGCCCUCUAAUCAAUAAGAUUUAUAUGAAAAUUUUGAGAUUUCUAUAAGCAAAUUCAAAUUCUUCUAUUAUCCAGAAAGAUUCGGAAAUCAAAUCUUUUAGAUCUUGAAUGACUAUAAUCUAGUAGUUUUAGUGUAAAGAUUGAAGAGCAUCCACAAUGAACUAAUGAUAAAGGAAAAUAAACCAUUAAUAACAAUUAUAGGGAAACUUGAGCCCAUUAACAUUAUGAUAAAUGAAAAAGUAUAUAAACAUUUAAUCUAUUUACCUGAAACUAUAUAUCCUACAUUAUCUGAAGAUUAGAGAUUAUAAUAAUUGCAAUUAGAGAAAUAGCUGAUAUUAAAAUAUAAAGUCAAGGAUGGGUACUUGAAGAGAUAAGGACAACUCAUCAAGACAUGGAGUUCUUAGUAUGUAGUAUUAAGUAACUUUGAUUUAUACUUUUAUGACUAAGAGAAAAUUUUAAUGGCAAACUCAUAAUUAAGUUUAUUUAAUUCCACUUUAGAAUAGUUACAAGUAGAUGAUUAGUUGCAUUCAUUCAAAAUAAUAAAUAAAUAAGGAGAACAUAUCUUUGCUUGUGAGAAUCAUGUUGAAUUAAGUGAUUGGAUUAAUAAAAUAAAACUAUAAAUAGAAUAAUAUUAAUCAUACGAGGGAAUUAAAUAGAAAUAAGAGGAAUAAAUAAAGGCUAAAUAAAAUGAAAAGAUGUAAAUCGAUAUAUAAAUCAAGAAAAUAUAAGUGAAAUUAUAUAAGGAGAAUAAUUAUCCAAGUGUUUAUCAAGAACAUCUUUUAUUUUUAUUCAAAUUGAACAACUUAAGUUUUUAAACUCUUAAAUAGCAGCAAAUCCAGCAAAUAAUUUAAGUUGACAAUUUAUCCAUUUAGGAUUGGAUAUUUGAUUAUUAGAAUCCUUAGUUCUAGGAUUUGAUCAUUUUGAGUAAUAAGAUUGAAAAUCAACCUUCUUUGAGGAUAGAUAUUGCUGGAAAGAAAUAACUAAUAAAUGUAGAUUAAUUAUAAAUAAACUGGAAACCUGAUACAUUUUUAAAGCUUAGAUAAUUAUCAUAAAUAAUAUCGGAUAGGAAAUCUAGAAAAUGGUAUUUUGCAGGAGUUAGAGAUUUCGAGGCAGAUCAACUGAAACGGGGAAAGAAUUGUGAUCAUGAGGAAGUUAAACGAAACAAGCUAAUAGAUGGAUUAAAAAGGGCAUUUAACAAGUGUUAAAGAUAUGGUUAAUCAAAAUUGAAAGUGAAGCAUAAGUUUAAUACUUUGAUUGAUCAUUAGAAUUUCUUGGAUGACUAUCAAUGGGUUGAGGAUGAGAUCUUGUCAUCAUAUCAAAUAAAAAGCAGCAAGGAUACGCUUAUGGAAUUGGAAACUUCUAUCAAUUUCAUUUCUAUUAAUUUCUUUCAUAGAACGAGUCAUUGCUUACUCUUUAAGUGUGAUUUAGACGAGGUUAAGUUUACUUUUAAAAAGCUAUAAUUUAGUAAUUAUUUGGACACUCAACUGAAGGACAUAAGUUUAUAUGAUAUGACAAAUUAUCCUUUCACAAUAGAUAGUAAUCAAGAGUUUCAUUUGAUACAGCCAUAGAAAUUAGUGGGGAAGAGAGAUGUAUAUGAUGAAUGGGCAGUAAGAUUUCGAUUCAGUGGAUAUGAUGAAAUCAUCAUAGCAAAUCAAGAAAGAAUCAAUGCAUUUUUAUUAAUUGAAAUUAAUCCUGUGUUUGCAAUCUAUCAGCAUCAACCAUUAAUGAGAUAGAUUGAUUAUAUAAUCAACCAAAUAGUUUCUUUGAUUAGAGAGCCUGAUGCAUUAACAAUGAAUACUGAGUUUAUCGAAUAAAAAAGAAAGAACAAUACGAGGUUAAAAGCCAAAAGAGUUUGGGGUGACAUUGAGUUAAUUUAAUCAAAAUUCAUUUGUCCAACCUUCAUUGAUUUAAGAAUUGUAAUUAAUAAACCAUUGGCAAUUAUCAAGGGAUGGCCCCAUUUCUCUGAAUAUUUUUAACUGGAUUGUGAGGUGGUGGAGGUGUAUAAUAAAUAGUAUAUUGACAUGAGUAGAUUAUUGUAACCAGGGGGUAUUUCAUUAAUACAAUCACUUGAAUAAUGGAUGCCUGAUGGCAGAAUCCUUAAGGCUUGGAGUGAGGCGUAUUGUAUUGAAGGACAUAAUAUGUAACUUCAAUAUUAUGAGAAUGGGAUCAAUCAAGUCAGCACUCUGUUUGAAUUUAAUUUAUCAUUCGAAAGAGCUUUGCAUUACUUUGAAAUAAAUGAAUUAUACGAUAAUGUGAAGAUGGAUAGGAGUAUAAGAAUUAGAUCAUGUAUGUCCCCUACUAUUUUGAAAUUAUACAGAAAAGAAUACUUGGAAAUAUGCAAAAUGAUUUUUCAUAACUUUACAAAUGAUGAUUUGAAGGAUAAACUGUACAUUCAUGAUUUUGAGGUGAGUCGUUCUUUUGAGCCAGCUCCAAUAUCGUUUUGGUUAGAUUUUGAUGACAUCUCAAUUUUUGCACUUAGUAAAAAGUCUGAAUAGCCAUUGGUGUAGGUGAAUAUGAAGUAAAUGAGAUUAGAGUGGUUAAAAGAAAAACAUAUUGAUUUGAAUCUAUUCAGUCAAUUGAUCAGUAUGUAUAACUAUGAUGAUUAGAACAAUGAAUUCAUGUUUGUUGGAGAAUUGAAUUUAAUUCCAGAUCAAUAGAAACUAUUCCAAGUUAAUCAAUUGAUCAAAGGGUUUCAACCCACAAAAUAGAGAUAAGAAUUCAAUAAGUACGUAUUCGAUUAAGAAUUCAUUAAAGAGUAAUCUUAGUUUCAAAUGCUAUUCCAUAUUCAGAAGCCUAGUUCCGAUAAGGAAUGUCAAAUAGUAUUAAGAAAUGUGAGGAUGAUAGUGGAACCAACAGUGUUUGUAAAUGUGGGGUUGUGGAGUAGAUUGGAGCAGCAAUGUUGGCCCAUUCAGACGGAAUUCGGAGAAAUGCCAAGUAUUAAAAUGAUAGUUGAAAUCCUAAAUUCAAGUCUGUGUUUGUAAGGGUUGGAUAAUAAUUACAUACUUGGAACAAAGGGUGAUAUUUCAUACGUUUGGAAUAGGAGUAGAUUCUUGCAUCCAGAACAAAUAAUUAUAAAUCUGAAAAAUGACUAAUUAGAUAAAAAGUUGGUAGAGGUUAUUGGGGAUGCAUUUGAGCAUAAGGUGAAUCUUAAGAAUUUGGAAUUGUUUAAAUGUAAAUUUGUGGAUUAUAUCAAUUAUGACUUGAAACAAGUGAGAAAGAGACAUAUCAUUUUGCCAUUCUCAUUGUUCUUCUGUCUAAAAAAUGAGUUAUAAGUUGAAUACAGUAAGCAAUUCAUCUAUUAUCACAAUAAGUUCUCAUUUCACAUUGACAAAACAAUAUGCAAAUUCUCAUAUUAGGAUUUGCUAUUAAUAAUGAGUAUCUCAGAUAAAUUGAAGUCCAGCAAAUAGGAAGUUAUCCGUGAACCUAUUUAUUAACAGGAGGAAGUUGUGAAUUAAGAAUAGCCAAUCAAUAACCUAUACGAUGCAAUAAUUAGUGGAUUACAAAUUGUUGUGAUAAAUGAUGCAGGAGAAGCAUAUGUCCCAGUAUUUGAUUUGACAUUGUCAGAGACUCAGUUACAAUUUUAAAAGGUCAAUACUAAGUCAAUAUUCUCUACUGUAAUCAAAUUAAGUAGUUCAUUUUACAAAUCCUAAAAUUGCAGUUUGGGAACCUAUUUUGGAGAGUUGUAAUUUUUCAGUUGA